GUGCCCUCCCAGGAGGAGGCCUUGGCAGGUGCACCGUGUUCUCCUUGAAGGCCAAACAUGGACACGAGCCUGGGCCCAGAAAUAGCCCCUUGCCCGGAGACCCCUGGACUUCUGCAAGGUCAUCUCCGAGAGAGCCCAUGCAGGCCGCUGCCAGAACCUCCCUUGUAGGCCCUGCCAUGGACGGGACUUGCGAAACAAGGCAGCUGCAGACCUGGAACCUGGACGAGGAGUUCUCCAAAGUCAGCCCAGCUCGAAGAGUCCCCGUUUCCAGGCCAAAUGGAGAUUUACCAACGGACAUGAAUUCCGCGUGGAGGUCAAGGCGAUUUCCUCCUGCCAGUGACCAUGCCCACCUUGGACGUCCCGGAGGAGAGGCUGAGGAAGUUUAAGUACCGGGGCAAAGAGGCAUCUGUGAGGCGGCAGCAGCGCGUGGCAGUCAGCCUGGAGCUGCGGAAGGCCAGGAAAGAGGAGCAGGCCUUAAAGAGACGGAACAUCACUGAUUGCUCCCCCGAGCCAGCUUCUGAAAAACCCACCAAAGGGGUGAGCCUCUCCCUGGAUGACAUAGUCAGAGGUGUGAACAGCUCAGACCCACUGCUUUGUUUCCAGGCCACCCAGGCCGCCAGGAAAAUGCUCUCCCGGGAAAGGAACCCUCCCCUAAAGCCCAUCAUCGAUGCGGGGCUCAUCCCCAGGCUGGUGGAGUUCCUGAAGUCAUCGCUUCACCCCCACCUGCAGUUCGAGGCAGCCUGGGCUCUGACCAACAUCGCUUCCGGGACCUCGGAGCAGACGCGAGCCGUCGUGGAAGGAGGUGCCAUCCAGCCUCUGAUCGAGCUCCUGUCUUCCCCCUGCGUGGCCGUGUGCGAGCAGGCCGUGUGGGCUCUUGGUAACAUAGCCGGCGAUGGCCCAGAGUUCAGAGAUGUUGUUAUUUCGAGCAACGCCAUACCGCACCUGCUGGCCCUGGUUUCACCGACUGUACCGAUCACAUUUCUGCGGAACAUCACGUGGACCUUGUCCAACCUGUGCCGGAACAAGAACCCGUACCCUUGCGAGGAAGCGGUGAAGCAGCUGCUGCCGGUCCUCCUGCACCUCCUGCAGCACCAGGACAGCGAGAUCCUCUCGGACACCUGCUGGGCCUUCUCCUACCUCACCGAUGGCUGCAAUGAGCGCAUCGGCCGAGUGGUUGACACGGGGGUCUUGCCCAGGCUGGUGGAGCUCAUGACCAGCCUGGAACUCUGCAUCUUGACUCCUUCUCUGCGCACCGUGGGGAACAUUGUCACGGGAACCGAUCAGCAGACCCAGAUGGCCAUCGACGCAGGCAUGCUGAGGGUGCUGCCCCAGCUCCUGAGGCACCCCAAGUCCUCCAUCCAGAAGGAGGCUGCCUGGGCCCUGAGCAACGUGGCUGCAGGCCCCCAUCAGCACAUCCAGCAGCUGAUUGCUUACAACUUGCUGCCUCCCUUGGUGGCUCUGUUGAAAAACGGGGAGUUCAGAGUCCAGAAAGAGGCUGUCUGGAUGGUGGCCAACUUCACAAUGGGGGCCACCGUGAACCAGUUGUUCCAGCUCCUCCACUCGGGGGUCCUGGAGCCCCUGAUGAGGCUCCUCACUGCCCCAGAUGUUAAAAUUGUCCUCAUCAUCCUCGAUGUCAUCUCCUACUUCCUCCAGGAGGCAGAGAAGCUGUACGAGAAGGACAACCUGUGUCUCCUGAUAGAAGAACUCGGCGGGAUAGACCAAAUCGAGGCCUUGCAGCUGCACGAGAACCGGCAGAUCGCCCAAACCGCUCUGAGCAUCAUCGAGAAGCACUUCACGGAGGCAGAAGAUGAUGGCAUCGUUUUACCUGUCCGGGACAGAGACUACAAAUGGAGAGCGUUCGUAGAAAAAUGAUGGCGAAGCACCCCAGCUUCUAAACCAAUAACCAAACCCAGGGGUACCAUCUUCGUGACACAGCUCUCCUCUCCUAGUGAAUCGCCAAUGUAAAGCUUUUAAAACUCCAUGUUAAUAAAAGGUUCAGCACUUUA